AUGAUGCGUCGCUCGUGCCGCAUGCUGCUGGAAGCUCAACGCGGUCCAUUCAAUCCUUACCGUAUAUUAGGUGUCUCCCCCAACGCCAGUAAAGAAGAGGUGAAAAAGGCUUAUCACCGUUUAGCGCUGCGCUACCACCCUGACGGUGGGCGAGAGGGAAAUAAGGAACGGUUUCAGGCCGUAAAUGAAGCUUACGAGGCUGUAAAGGACGGUAAAUGGCAGCCACCAGAAACUGACAAGAGCCAAACAGGAGACGACCGCCAUGGAUGGGAUUCGCGAAUGGGAAUGUACGUUUAUGAGCAACCAGGAUCCACAACGGAGAACUACGUUGAUAGUCGAACACAGACAUUGUUACGUUUAUGCGUGUUGUGGACGACUGCAUUCGUGGCUCUGCGUUUUUUCCUCCUCUGGGUAUUUCCUUACGCCAGGGCAACACCAACUGUUGAGUGGGCCGCUGAAAGUGUUGGUGAUGGGGCGCAGCAGUCAGGUGCAAAAGUAGACGGAAAAGGAGUUGAUUCUACACUUUAUUCUGUUCACGCCAAUCAGGAUACUGAUUUUACACGUGUUACCAAAGAUAUUCCCUUUUCGAACGAUAUGUCUCCCCAAGUAGAUCCACUACGAAGGAGUUGA